AAUGUGGCAACACAGCACGAACACUCUUUUGAAUACGCAGUACUUCCCGUCUGUCAAUCGCCCUUUCCGUUCUUUUUCGUUGACACUCGAUCAAGAUGCAGAAGACUAAAAAAGAGCCUAUCCAUUCUGUCCAAGUUUUUGGCAGGAAGAAAUCCGCCACCGCAGUAGCAUACUGCAAAAGGGGCAGAGGCGUACUGAAAGUAAACGGUCGUCCCUUGAGCCAGGUGGAGCCUAAAAUGCUCCAAGAUAAAUUGCAAGAACCCAUUUUGCUUCUUGGCAAGGACAAAUUCUCGGCAGUUGACAUAAGAGUGAGAGUGAACGGUGGAGGUCACGUAUCACAAAUAUAUGCAAUCAGACAAGCCAUUUCAAAGGCUUUAGUUGCAUAUUAUCAAAAAUAUGUUGACGAAGCAUCGAAAAAAGAAUUGAAAGAUAUCCUUAUUCAGUACGACCGUACUUUGUUGGUAGCAGAUCCAAGGCGUUGCGAACCCAAGAAGUUUGGAGGUCCAGGUGCCCGUGCCAGAUACCAAAAGUCUUACCGUUAAUCUUAUACCUAAUGUUUAUUGGGUAACAUUCAAUAAACAUUUUCUAUUUGUAAA